AAUCCGCACACUUGGCGUUUCUCGGUCGCGGCGUGCGGAUACCCGUGACGGUCUGUCCGCCGUUUACUCGUCGUAUUCCGCGAUCGCGUUCGAUUUCCGAUCACGCGCCGAGUCAUCGAUCCGCGAGUCAUCAUCCACCGAACCGACGACCAUCCCCGAUGUCAGCCAUGUCGGUGAUCUACAAGAACUCGAUGAAUGCCAUCGGCAAGUUCGUGCCCGAGAGGCUGCAGCCUCUGUGGAAACAUCCAGCUGGUCCACAAACCAUUUUUUUCUGGGCGCCAGCCUUCAAAUGGGGUCUCGUAAUCGCCGGUCUUGGUGACUUGCAAAGACCAGCGAAUAAAAUCUCCAUCAGCCAAUCGUGUGCCUUGGGCAUCACGGGAUUGAUCUGGACCAGGUACUCCUUAGCCAUCACCCCAAAAAACUGGAAUCUCUUUAGCGUGAACCUCUUCGUCGCGUUCACGGCCAUAUAUCAAAUAACGAGAGCCCUGAGGUAUCAGCAACAGCAAGCAGCUUUGGAGGCAACGAAGGCAGCUUCGUCAGACACAGCUCACUGACGAUAAUCAUCAUAUAGAUGUACAUUCCUAGGGAACGGAAAAAAGGAAUAUUUAAUUCUUCACUACUUCGCGUGAAACGUUUAUGUUACCGUUUAGCAUGUCGGGACGAAUAGUCUAGUGACGUGCGUACCUAGCAUAUUUGAUAUGUCUCUUAAUAAUGAACAAAAAGAAAAUGAAAAGAUAAAUCGGUGAUAUAUCAGUUAAAUCACAGUUAAAUCACAUGACUGACUCAAAUUCCUUAGAUUAUAUAUUAAAAAUAUUAUAUAGUUACUUUCGAUCUAUCGAUGAUCGGUCCAUUACAUAGCAUACAUUUUUUAAUGGAACAAAUAAAUGUGCUGAGUAACUCUAAUGUUCAUUUCUACCGAUAUAAAUUAAUCUUAUAGUUUGAUUUAUUCUUUAUAUUUUUCUAAUUCUUAGAAUUGAAAAAAGAAUGAAUGAAACCGAAAUUAAUAUUAACCUAUUGUAGAAAUGAAUAUAAGAGAGCCGAUUGACGUCGCAUAAUUUUCAUAAUUUUUCAACUGUUCUCGUCUGUUGGGAGAUGUUGGAAAGGAACAAACUUUACGUAGGGUAAAUAAAAGGUCGAUUGAACUUUCUGGUGCCAAACUGUGAUAUGUGUGACGCACAGUGUGCGAUAAAUGAAUACUGUACAUUACGAAUAGAUAAAAAGUACAACUAUAAGGACAUGGAAUGGGUGGAAUCCUGUCGAGAAAGGUCAGGUCAGGUGUAACGAACAUCGCAGAUUCGAUGCAUCGUAUAUAUCGCCCUAUCAAUCUAUCGACUACGAUUGUACCUAUUGUAUUCACCUACGUACCUCGAAACGUAAGGGUGCUCAUAGUGCUUCUGCAUGACAUAUCGACACGCGACAGUUCGAAGAGAAGCGGACAAAUGUACAAAGUAUCAGAUGUAUUAUUUAAAAACAUUUUAUGUAUAAUGUCUUAAUAUCGACAUUGUAACUGCCUCAUUCUGAUCAGUUAAUAAAAUUACGGAUAUUUUUGA